AUGUUCUCGUUCUGCUCCGAUUCAAGCGCCACUGCCACCCGGACCAAGCCCACACCCGACCGAGGCUCCCAGCCACGCCCGCCCCCUUCAACCCAAUCUGCCGACAUGGCGACCGUGUUUGGUGAUGCGGGCGAAUUUGCCCAGGAAAUGAAGCAGGUCAUUAACGAAAACCAGUACAGUGAUAUCACCUUCAUUGUCGGAGACACACGCGAAAAGAUCCAUGCCCACCGCAUUAUCCUGGCGGCACGAUGCGAGGUCUUUCGCGCCAUGUUUGCUGAACAACGUGCCCAGGCCAAGUCGGGCAAAAAAGACAAUGUUCCUCUCGUGCUCCCCGACGUGCGGCCUUCAGCCACGAAUGCCCCCAAAGAGAAAAAGCAGUCAUCGCAUGUAAAUGGCAACCAAUUGUUUUUGGCUGUCUUGGAAUACAUUUACACCAACAGUUGUACACUGAAGCCCUCGACCGUGGUGGACGUGCUGGCCUCGGCCAUCGAGUACGGCCUGGAUGGCCUGGCCGCUUGCUGUGCCAACUACAUCACCGACAACCUUACCGUCGACACCGCCUGCGGUGCCAUUCAGGCGGCCAUUGCGUACGAUCAGAUCGAGCUGCGUGAUCGCUGCAUGACCUUUAUCGAAGAGCACACGGCCGAGGUCUUUCACUCCAAACAUUUUGUUGAAAUUUCUGCGGAAACCUUUGCACACAUUCUCGAAUCGGAUAAGCUGCGAGUACCCGAGAGCACCGUUCUGGAAGUGGCCAAGAACUGGGCAAGUGUCAACGCCGUGGUGACCGGCCAAUCACUCAAGGACACCAUUGCACCCGUCAUCGAGCAUGUGCGCCUGCCCCUCCUGGACGCCGCGACCCUGCAACAGAUUGAAGCCGACAACGAAAAGGAUCCCAUCGUACCAGAGCGCCUCAUUUCCAAGGCCUGGAAAUACCAAGCCACUCGCAAGGCACCCGCUGACGACAAGCACUUUGUGCCUCGCGCAGGCUCUUAA